AUGGAUUUUAAACAAUUAAAAAAUAAGCGCAAAUAUAUUAAAGGGAUGAUUACUCGCAUCGGAACUUGGGUAACAGAUCACAUAGAAACAGAAACAAAUGUACAAAAUAUUCAAGUUAGGCAUGUUAAAUUACAAAAAUUAUUUGACGAUUAUGAUGAAAUUCAGCUCUCUAUUCAGGCACAAAUUGAUGAGACAAACAUUGACUCAGAAGAUAGUGACGUCACAGAAACUUUGGUUUAUGAUCUGCUCGCACAAUUACAGGGGGCUAUUAGUACUAAACAUUCUAGAAAUGAGUGUCCUUCAGGUGGAUGUCGGGCUUGCUCUGGUCGACACCACACUCUUCUUCACGAUCCUACCUACCGAUCUUUUGGUGGAAACGCACCAUCUUCUCAAACAAACAAUUAUUCUCGAAAUGGAGAAAAUCGCACUGCUCAUUCCAAUCAACGGCAAUCCUCUUUCGCGCAACAAAAUAGAAAUCAAUGUCAAACUACUUAUCAAAGAAAUUCUCAGGCUCAAAAUACAUCUCACAGAAAUAUCUCUCAAACUUCAGCUCUUACCUCAGAAAGAAACCUUCCAAAUGACAUUCAAGAAAAUAUGUCGCAACCCCCUUUAAUUGAAAAUCAAUCCUUGCUCACAAACAGUUUGACCUUGUCAACCUUCUCUUCCACACCCUCUCUAGUACUCCUAGCAACUGCUGUGGUUACUAUAUAUGACAAAUAUGGAGUCCCUACAAAGGCUAGAAUUUUGUUAGAUUCAGCAAGUCAAAACUCGUUUGUAACUGAAAAUUUAGUCCAACGCCUUAACUAUGUCCCUUACAAUCAACCCUUAAGAAUAAGUGGUAUUUCCAAAGGCUCACUUGAAUGUAACAAAAUGGUGAAUAUUAUGAUUCAUUCAAAUGUCUAUGAAAACCAAAGUUUUUCGUUAUCUUGUGCUGUUCUUCCUGUGAUAACCUGUAAACUCCCUCAAAUACCAAUUAAUAAAGAAAAGUUAAAAAUUCCCCACCACUUUAGACUAAGCGACCCCAACUACGACUCCCCCUCUGAAAUAGAUAUGCUCAUUGGCGCAGAUUUAUAUUAUAAUCUGUAUACCAACGAUACAUAUCAUUUAGGAAAGAAUCUUCCAGUGUUAAUAAAUACCUACCUGGGCUGGGUUAUUGCAGGACAUGCUCCUAUUUUGUAUGGUCAACAUUCAGUGUCAAAGUCCCUCGUAACUUGUGCCUCUGUUCAUACAGUAACUCUGGAAAGUGUUUCUAUGCUCACCUUUGAAACUCCCUCUCUGGAUUCCAUCAUGGAAAAAUUUUGGAAAAUAGAAGAACUCCCCCAAAAAGUACACCAUUCAGAAGAUGAUAUUCUUACUGAGGAAAUAUUCGUGUCAACUACCAAGGUGUUACCAAGCGGUAGAUAUCAAGUAAAUCUCCCCUUAAAAGUCCCAGCUGAGAAUCUAGGUGAUUCAUUUUUUAUUGCUCAGAAAAGAUUUGAAAACCUUGAAAAGAAGUUUAAACAUGACCCCGAAUAUUUUUGUAAAUAUCAAGAUUUCAUUCAUGAAUACCUAACCUUAGGUCAUGCAAAAAUUGUCCCUCUUUCACUGAGUGACAAGAAUGUAGUUAAAUAUUUUUUCCCCCAUCAUGCUGUUUUAAAUCACCAUAGCACGACCACUAAAUUCAGGGUGGUUUUUGAUGGUUCGUGUAAGUCCUCUUCAAACUUGUCGAUAAAUGACAUAAUGCACAAAGGCUAUCAGGUACAACCUGAGUUAUUUGAUAUUAUAUGUCGCUUCAGGACAUAUAAAUAUGUACUCACAUGCGAUAUUGAGAAAAUGUAUCGCCAAAUACAAAUCAAUCCUAGUCAAACAUCCCUACAAAAUAUUCUGUGGCGAGAUGACCAAAACUCCCCCUUGAAUUGUAUCGAGCUGCUGACGGUCACCUACGGCACAAAUUGUGCACCCUUUCUGGCUACUAGAGUUUUACUUGAGAUAGCUACGCAAAAUAAAGAAAUGUAUCCUCUUGCGUCAUAUGCUCUUCUACACCAAUUUUAUGUAGACGAUGGAUUAUCCGGAGUAGAUAAAUUUAAUGAUUUAAAAUUACUUUAUAAUCAACUGACUACUCUUCUAAAAUCUCAUGGAUUUUUAUUGCAUAAAUGGUGCUCCAACUCUCAAGAAUUUUUAUCAUCAAUUGCACAAGGAAAACCCAAAGAAUAUGAUUUUAACUUUGGUGACACUCCUAACAAAGUAUUGGGACUUAUAUGGAAUCCUAUCCACGAUUUGUUAGGUAUUGCACUUCCCUGCACGCAAUUAGUUGGUCCAUUUUCAAAGAGAACAAUUUUAUCCAUUAUCGCACAAUGUUACGAUCCCUUGGGAUUAUUAUCUCCCGUAAUCGUAAUUGGAAAACUGAUCAUCCAAAAACUUUGGAUGUCUCAAUUAGAUUGGGAUACAGAGAUCACGGAAAAGCCUCUUAUUGAGGAAUGGACUAAUCUCAUCUCAAAUCUGAACACUCUUGCCAAUUUAAAAAUUCCUAGAUGGUUGUUCUCUAAUAAAAUCAUAAAAAGAAUAGAAUUCCAUGGAUUUGCUGAUGCCAGUACAAAGGCAUAUGCGGCAUGUGUUUAUGUUCGAACGAUAGUAGAAGAUACCACAGUUCAUACCUCAUUAGUCUCCUCAAAAUCUCGAGUAUGUCCUCUUAAGGUGGUAUCUCUCCCCAGGCUCGAAUUAUGUGCUAUGCUCUUGUUGUCACAAUUAGUGGUCAAACUUGUUAAAAUUUUCGAACAACGCAUUACUCCUGAAAUAGUACAUUUGUGGUCUGACUCCCAAAUAGCUUUAUGCUGGAUAAAAUCUCAUCCGAGUAAUUGGACCACAUUUGUAGCUAAUAGGGUGUCUCAAAUCCAGGAGAUGACAUCAAGUUUCUGUUGGCAUCACAUAAGAUCAGCCGAUAAUCCGGCGGAUCUCCCUUCUCGAGGUGUUUUGCCACAAGAUAUUAUCGACUGUGAUUUAUGGUGGCAUGGCCCUAAAUUUCUGAAAACCCCUAUUAUUGAUUUUGACAACCUAUAUGAAUUCUCUAUACCCAAUAAUAUCCCAGAAGCAAAAAAGACUUCUCAUUUAAACGUUGAAAAUAUCAACCCUCAUGUUUUCUCUAAUCUUUUUUCUCAUUUCUCACGGUUUGAACGUUUGCAUCGUUCUGUUGCAUACAUUUUAAGGUUCAUCCAUAACUCAUCAAAACCAGCUCUAAAGGUUACUGGCAUUUUGUCAGUUCCAGAACUCCAAAACUCUCUCAAAUUAAUUGUGAAAAUCUUACAAGAACAACAUUUUCCAAAUGAACGAAAGGCUCUUUUAAACAAGCAGUUAAUUAAAGAUAAACAUAUUUUAGUCCUCAAUCCAUUUAUAGACAGGGAUGGAAUAAUUCGUGUUGGUGGAAGAUUAAGCAACGCGAAUGUUGAUUUCGAUCAAAAACACCCGAUGUUACUGCCAUCACAUAACACUGUAGUGUCCAUGAUGUUACAUCAGGAACACAUAAGACUCGGACAUGCUGGUCCACAAACUGUCCUGUCUAACUUCAGAUUAAGAUUCUGGCCUCUCAAUGGGCUCAGGGAAACAAAACGUCUCAUCAGAAAAUGUGUAAAAUGUUUUCGUUUCAGAGCAUCCCCAGCUCAACAAAUAAUGUCUGAAUUACCUGAGUCCCGAGUUACUGUAUCUCGACCUUUUAAUAAGGUAGGAGUGGAUUAUGGAGGUCCCUUCUUAAUUAAAUCCUCAAAUCUUCGAAAGGCUCCUCUUAGUAAGUCUUACAUCGCAAUAUUUGUAUGUAUGGCUACUAAAUCUGUACAUAUAGAGUUAGUGACAGAUGUUUCAACUGAAGGAUUCAUUUCGUCUCUUAAACGUUUCAUUGCACGUAGGGGAAAUCCUGCACAGAUAUUUAGCGAUAAUGCUACAAACUUUUUGGGUGCAAGUAACCAAAUAAAGGAAAUAUUUGACUUUUUCAAAAAUUCUGAUAAUUCAAGUAAACUCGAAACUUUCACCGCUACACAAGGGAUUGAGUUUAAAUUUAUACCACCAAGAAGUCCACAUUGGGGUGGCAUUUGGGAAAGUGCCAUAAAAAGCGUAAAGUAUCACAUAAAAAGGUUAAUUGGUGAAUCCCGUAUGACUUACGAACAAUUUUCUACAAUACUCUGUGAGAUUGAAGCCAUACUCAAUUCGAGACCCUUGAGUGCUCUGUCCAACGACCCUAACGAUUUGACACCGCUCACUCCCGGACACUUCUUGAUAGGCACUAGUCUCACAUCAAUUCCUGAAAAAGAUAUAACAGCUAUCCCCGAAAACCGACUGAAGUACUGGCAACGCUGUUCCCAAAUUAAACAGUGCUUUUGGAAAAGGUGGACUGUAGACUAUUUUAAUCGGCUUCAGACUCGACCAAAAUGGUUGAAACCCUUGCCCAAUCUUCAAGUCAAUGAUCUUGUUUUGAUAAAAGAGGAUGACACACCCCCACUCAAAUGGCCUUUAGGUCGUAUUAUAGAAACGAUGCCUGGUAAGGAUGGCAAAGUUCGUGUCGUUAAAUUAAGGACUCAGCACGGAGUCUAUACACGUUCGAUUGCUAAGGUGUGUCCUCUCCCAAAUUCUGACUCUGAGGAAUCUGAUCUUCCUGGAUUCAACGAUGCAACAACUUGUAUUGUUGACCCUUAA